UACGUUCUCCACAACUACCACCAGGAAGUGAAGAAAGUUAUAGUUGCGGCCCAAGGUAGCUGGUAAAGGUUCAAGGAAGGAAUGAAGAGGAAGUACCGCUUGGGAGAUGGAUUGUUGACCACCACGGACCUUGAGGCGAUGAACAAGGAGGACUUUACGACGAUAGGGACCUUUGUUCAGGAAUUCAAGAAGAGGUCGCGAAAGGUCCAUGGGAUUUCGGAGGAGGCGCAGUGCGCCAUUUUUCUGGGGCUACUCACGGCAUCGGAGGCCGUUGAGUUAACAAGACACGGAGAAUGUAGCACCAAGCUCACCUGGACCACCAUUGACAGAGGGGUGGAAGUUGGAUGUUUGGACCAGGUGGAGCAACGUCAGGUACGCCUGCAAAGGCAGAAGAGAAAGGAAAGAGAUGCGACCGCUUCUGGGACCCCGGGGGUAAGAAGGAUUGUUACAGACGUAUUGGCACAACUAGGAUAUGCAAUUGAACCGGUGGUGCAAAGGAGGGUGGUGACGGAUGUCAAAGUGAAAGGAAAGGAGCCGGUGAUAGAGGAGGCUGUUCAGGAAGAGCUCUGGGAAGAGGCAGAGCCGGUGCUGCAGCACCUGACGAAGGUCCAGCGCAAAGUGCAGAAGGUGAUCGACCGGCUGCUGGAAGGGCAUAAUGACCUCAUGAUCCUGAAGGAAAUCCUAGCGUCAGCCCCUCGACUCCUCGAUGAACUGAAGGGGAGAUUGUCGAGGCGCCUGGUGCCCAAUGUCCACCUGGGUACGAUCCUGCCCAAGGAGGCUGAGUGGGCAGAGUCGGGUACGAAAAUGGACUGCAAGUGUGUAGCCUGCGGCACGGUGGAUUUAGUGGUGAAAGGUUCCAAGUGCGCGGCAAUGGUGGACACCGGGGCAGAGAUGAACAUUAUUCGGGAGGUGGACGCGACAAGAUUCGGGCUGGAUAUAGACCGUUCUGACUGCGGUAUUCUGCAUGGAGCCAGCUGUAAGGCCGUGUUUUGCGGGAUAGCCUCGAAUGUGCUCAUCGAGGUUGGAAAGGUGAAGGCCAGGGCAUGCUUCUUCAUAAUGCCGGACGUGGACCAUGGAAUCCUCCUGGGGAGGUCAUUCCUAAGCAGGACGAAAACCGUGAUGUUCAACAAACAUGACGGGACUCUAAUCCUUCUCUUAUGCGAUCCUGCCUGCGAGAAUUACGAGAUAAUUACCUGCAGGAAUACAGGGUCAAGGAGUAUAAGGAACCGACCCAAUCCAGGAUCAUUCACGAUUGAAGAGUCGGAAGGUGAGCGCCGGAGGCUCCGGGCAGAGCCCGAAGCAGGAGAGAGGGUGAAAGCAUUUUCCCUCAUCCUGUCGGACGUUGGGAAAACCAUGGACUUGGUGGCCGCGCAUGAGAUGGAAGAUCCGGAUGCCAUCCAGGCUUUGAGAGAGCAGGUUUUAGAAUGCCCCGAGGCAGGAAAGUUGGAGCUGGUAUAUCGGCUCCCGGGCAGCGGAAGGAACCCCGCAUCAGUGCAAGCACAAUCUGAAAGCCUCGACCAGUCAGGCUCGUUGAACCCGGCAGGGAAUGUGGACGAAGUGCCCGAGAGCCAGGACGACGAGUUCGAGGAGAGGGAGAUUAAGGAGGCUUUUCGUGCAGAGGAGUACGACGGGAUCUACCUAGAGCUGGGGCUUCUUCUGUCAUGUGAAAUGCGGCUAAGGGAUGCAAGCGAUAGGGCUCAGAGGAUGCUGCAGCGCUAUUUAGUGCGAGACGGCCACCUUUUCGUAAGAAGAGAAGUGGGAAAUCCCAGGAGAGUCGUUUGCAGUAGGAACCACCAGAUUGACGUCGUAGUAGCACUUCAUGAUGGCAUUGCAGGAGGGCAUCGAGGGGUACAAGCCACGUAUGCCAAGAUAAGUGAUCUGUACUACUGGAAUGGAAUGAUGGACAUGGUCGAGAAAUUCUGUCGAUCCUGCGUACCGUGUCAGGAGAGAUCUCGUUUGAGGCAAGGAGAGCCACUGCAUCCAAGGCUAGAGCGAGAGGUGGGGGCUGUAGUGCAUCUCGAUUUACUUUUUAUGCCGCUUGGGGAUCAGGGCUAUAACUACAUCUUCGAUGCGCGCGAUAACCUGUCUGGCUUCGUAGAUGGACGUGCCAUUCGUACCAAGACUGGUUCAGUCUUAGUUAGCUGCAUCGAGGAGUACUACCUGCGUUAUCCUUUCGUCAGGGAGUUCGUAAUGGACAGGGGAUCAGAAUUUACUUGCCAGGAGGUGCAGGAGUUGUUAUCAAGGUCUGACUUUACGAAGACAGCCAUGCCAAGAGGAGGGAAGGGUACAUGGCCGCCUCGGAGGCUGUUGGGAACAUCAGGAGGAUAUGAGCGACAUGGACCUCACCAUCGAGAAAGUACUCCGGUGUACGAUGAUGGGAACAUCGAGCUAUUCCUGGACAACUUUUGGGAUCAUGCAAGGCGUAUGGGCUGGAUCGUGGCCCAAGCGAUUGAGAGACUGAGGGGAGCAGGCAGGUUCGAGGAGCCCGUCGCGCGGAUCCGUAGGGAGGCGACGACGAGAUCAGAGGUGGAGUGGAGGAUGCAGGAGCUGCGACCCUCGCAUGAUGAGGAGCAUGGCGAGCAGGCAGAGGAGGUGCCUCGAGAGGAGGUGCCACGAGAGGAGGUGCUACAGGAGGAGUUCCAGGACACUCAGCGAAAGAGAGGGCUAGGCAAUGAGGAGAGACGUGCAGGAAAGGAAGUGAUAGAGGUUGGAGAGGACACGCCCCCUCAGACGCCAGCAGUGGGCUUGAGACCUGAAGAUGCUCCUCGGAGCAUGCGCCAGACAGGAGGGGAAUUGCAGAGAGAGGAGGCCCCAUUGCCUUCAUCAGAAAAAACUCCUUCCCGAGAGGGGAGAGCAGAAAGAAGGAGAGAAAGGGCAGCUGUAAGGAGAGAAGCCUUGACCCUGAUAGACAGACACCUAGCGGCUCAUGCCCUGGAGCACCCGGACCUGGAGGAGCCGACACCUACAGAGCCGCGCCAGGAGCGGUGCCAGCCCGAGAAGGAGGUGGAGGCAGAGAUCCCGAAGAGGGUUGACCUCCGCACAAGGGAAAGGGCGCCGGCUGGAGAGACAGACGAAGAAAAGAGGGCGAGAAGAACCAGGAGGAUAGAAGAGAUAUGGCAAGAGAGGCAGAGGUUGGAGGCAGCGGGGGAGCUUCCGGAGCAGCAGGAGGAGAGGCAGAGAUCGGAGGCAGCAGGAGGACUCCCAGGUCAGCCACCCAGCGCGCCAGCUAGGGCCCCGGAGAUCCCUGAGAUGUGGAGGGACUUCUGGGAGCAGAGAGGAGAGGAGCUUCCUUCGCCAGUCAGAGCCGGUCUUGGGGUGGCAAGGAAGGCAAAAGAAAGGUUGGAUCGCAAAAUCAAAUUCCUGAUGAAGGCAAUUUUUGACCGACACUUGCUAUUGGAGAGCGAUCUGGCAGGAAAGAAGAUUAAGGAAGCAGGCGAUGGGGUACGCCUGAAGGCUAUGGACGUGGAAAUCCAAGAACUCAGGGUAUUGGUGGCCAGUCAAGCAGCUAUCAUCGAGAGCCUGAGGCAGCGAUCUCAUGGAGAGGUGGACGAGCCAGAAAGAAGCCAACAGGGAGAGCAGAGGCGGCCAGGACAUGGUUUGUCAGGACAGCCAUCGACAGUAGAGACUCGCCAGGAGCCACCUAUAGGGAGAGUUAUCCUGGAGCCAGAGGAGGCGAGAGCCUAAAGGGAGGCAGAGAGAGAGGCCUUCGAGUUUAGAGCCCCUACUGAGCUCGCGACGCUACCUAUAGCAGCGGCGGGCCCAGUCAUACCUUUGGCAAUUGAGGA